UUCGGAACAAGAGUAAUCACCAGUGACCUCCUCAACCGGAUGUUGACGAAGGUUGCUUACAUACGGGUCUCGCAAAGGUUAUUUGACGUGUCUGUUGCUGUUGAAAAAUAACGACUACAGAUUCGAGCAACAGAGAAGCCCUACGUUUUCUUAAAGUCAUCUGUUCAUCUCCACAUCACAAGUGACAGAAUGUCUGAAUUUGACCCGUGUGAAUGUAUAUGGAACCAUGAGAGUGCCAUGCAGCGCCUCAUCAAUCUGCUAAGGAGCUCACAGAACUCCUGCUCUGACAACCAGUGUCUUCAGGAUAUGCCAGGACCGAACUCUACACCUGAUGGAGGAUUCAGCACAAUGAUGAUGAUCAUGCUGGGCUGGUUGGUGAUAGCUACUGCACUCUUUUUGCUUAGACCCUCCAGCCUGCGCAACCAUGGUGAUGGCAAGCCUUCCCCUUCUGGUGGUGGAGGACCAGGAAACCCACCACCUCCUGGGCCACAAGUUCAUUAAAUGACAUCUGAUGAUUAAGAAGGCUCCUCGCAUUUGGAAUGAAAUGUUAUCAUCUGGAUACACCUGAUGUUUGUGAUAAUAAGAAUCAAUAUGCAUUUCUGAAGAAGUGCAUGAGGAUGAUUCUACAUGAAUGUGCCAUAGUGGGGCUUGAUCUACACCAUUAAAAAUAAACAGGAAAGAGGACAGUCUGAAAAAAAAUAUUUUAUUGCAUCUGUCACUGAUAACAAGUUUAAGGAAACAUUUACAGGGUGCUGGGAUCAUUGAUUAUUCUUAGGGCUUUGUUUUGUUUUUUUAAUUUUUUAGUUGUUUUGUUUGGUUUUUUUUUUUUUGGUUUUUUUUUCACUUUUUGUAUCUGCACACUUGCAUUCAUCUUAUUUGUAGGGCCAUAUUUAGUUAAUUCUUUGUAGAUACUGCAGUGGCAUAGAACUUCCCAACACAUUGAGACUCUAAUUGAAUUAAGGAGAAAAUUUUCUGUUAUAAAUAAGAUGUACAUCUACAGCAAAGUGCAUGGAGCUAACUUUAUUUCAUAAGUAUUUAUUAUGUGUAAACUUAUUAUCUUAUAGCUGCCAGUUUUGAGUUUCCAUAAGCUGAGUUGCAUAUAAAAUUUUCUUACAUGAAAGUGUCUUGUUGAAACUAUUUUUCUACAGUUUUAUAUGAUGCCCAAAGUGUCUGUGCAAACAAGAUGUCUUCAUGAAAGGAAGGGCUAAGAUAAAAGGGUGUACCAAUUAAAAACCAGUUGAUAUUGUGCUGUGUUUCAUUGAAUAUAUCAUUUCUUGCAGUUUAGAGUUAAGUUUUAUCUUGUUUAUUCUAAAACUUAAGCCGCACACAGUAGUGAUGGUAGUUUUUCUCCUAAAUUAGCCCAGACAUUUCCCAAGAUUUUUAUGUCUUUCAUUACUUUUUUUUUAAAUGUAUGAUUCGUACUAGUAAAUUGAUUUAUAUAUAUUUUCUUUAAAGUAAGUCAACCUUAACAUCAUAAUACUAGUUGAUGAAUUGUGGUUGUUUUAAUUGUUGAUACAGGUGCAGGUAAAGUAAAUUUCUGAAGUAAUGUACAUUACAGACAGAAUUUGAUGUGAAUCCAAAUAUAAAUGUGUACAGACAUUAUUUGACACUUGAGUGCAAUCAGUUUGAAACGUUUCUUUUUAAUUAUUCUGCUUCAUGAGAGGCUAUUGUUAUUGUUUGCAGUUUUUCAUUUGUUAAGAAAUUUUUAUUUCUGGUCAAAGGGCUUAAAGUUUAGGUGACGGUAAAUUUACAGAAGAAAAAAAAUUCCAAACGUUCAUGUUUAAGAUUUUCUUUCUCUUACCGAGAAAUGGCAUACUCAUGUUUCUCAGUUCAACUGUUGCAGAUUCAAGGGAUUUGAAUGAACUGUAUCUAGAUUAGCACUCAGCUUUUGAUUUUCUUCUUCAGAGAGCAAUAGUUUUUGUUUUGUGUUUUUAACAGGAAAUGUGAGAAAUGCAGAUAUUGUGCUAUCCCUCUCAUUUCUAGAAUUGUUAAACUAAGUAUAAAUUUCUGAAAUUAUUGACAUUUGGGGGAGGAAUGAAAAAGAUGACUCGGUUAUUUUUCUGAGUUUAUUUUGACAAAAUUGUGAGUGUGUAUAUAAGUAUAAUUGAAAAUCAGUUAUUUUUACUUCUCCCGUUGAAGAAGUAAUUCACCUUCUGAGCCAGUCAGGAAAUUAUGCUUGCAUUCACUUUAAAGCACACUGCAAGCAGUUCCAGGGACCUUACCUUAAGUGUCUUCACAAAUAUUUUAUUCUUUUUCAUACCUACCUUGUGGGUUGUUAAAGUAACAAUAAACUAUUCUUUUCCAAAAUUGUUGCAUUAUUUAUUUAAAACUAGCAAAAUCGGCUCAACUGUUUUAAACAUUUACUUCAAAAUGAGUGGUGCCAAUUGCAAAAGUGUAUGCUGCAAGCAUGGCCCAUAAAAAUUCUACUUAAAACCACAGGUGGGAUGCUGAUGAAAUCACCUUUUAUUCGUACAGUUUGCCCAUCAUUCUAUGAGAUUGAGUUUAUUGUGGUGUUUUUAAAAAGAAGAAAAAGUAUAUUUAUAUAGCGCCUUUCUCCAGCAUCAGCUGCUCAAAGCACUUAAUGUAUUUGCAUAGCACGCUUCCCCUGAAAAAGACGAGUGCUGCACCGCACGAGAUCAAGCCAGAAAAAGCCAAUUUCUCUUUGAAUAAAUGCAGUAAGAAGAUCAAGCCAUGUAAAGGUCAGCUUGAAGAAUACCAUGUAGGGAAAAAAGUCAACUUCAGCAAAAGGGAAAUUACCCUGCACAAUGAUGGCUGGAUCUAAAGAUAAUUGUUCAAUCGUUUCAUCAAGCCAUACAAGCAAAGAAGUUGAAGCAUUACAUCAUGUAAACAAGUGUUUACAAAGCACUAUCUGGAUGCACAACAAUUGUAGAAGUAAAUGGUACAAAUCACAGACCAUGAAGGAAGUGGCAGAAUAUGGAGACCAUCAACAAAGACUUCAAUGGCAUCUGUCCAUUUAAACAGGGAAAAAGGCAGAAAGCCUCAGACAAUCCAGUAUACAAAGGAACUAAAGGAAGAUGUCGAUCAACAAUUUGAUGAUGAUAAAAUCAGAACAGAUAGUAGACAAAAACAGUAGGCUGCCCUAAUCAGCCUGCUAGGCCUGAGGACAUCACUCUCAUCUCCAUUUGUUUAAAGGAGAUAUUGGGAAGUAGGGAAUGCUUUAAAAUAUAUUGGUAAUAGUUCAUUCCUCUGAUGAUAAAAUUUCAUGUUUCCUCAUCUUGUUGCUAGUAUAUUUUUUUUUUUGGAGUGUGCACGAGUGGCCUUAAAUUUAAGUACCUAUAGCAAAUAUUAAAGCUGCCAAUGAGCACAGUCCACUUACUUAUAUUUUACAAACAUUUCAUCACAGAGGUCUUUUGCUUAUUUUUCUGCUACCUGAAAAUUUUCUAUCCUAUAACUGUAAUUUUUUUUUUAAAUUCUUGGUAUGUAAGUUUAUCAUGUGUUUCAGAAAUAUGAUGAAAUAACGAAUCCUUGGUGUUAGUGUUAAGAUUUGGGUUUGGAGUUUUAGACCACCUUUCUGAAAGAAAAAAUUGAUGAUACAAUGAGACAUUCCACUUGUCAUGAACUUGCUUUGAAUUCUCCUGUCCUAUCUCUUGAUGUUAUGUUUGGUGUUGUUUUCGAUUGUUAAAGAUUGUCAUCAAGGGAAUAAAACAAAGUUUUGUGCUUUGUAA